GUAUAUAACUUGGAAUAAUUCAUGAAUUAUGUUGAAAAGAGGGUUUUAUGAAAAGCAAAAAACAACGUUACUGGUGGGGUAUUAUAUUAAAAUGUGGCAAUCUUUCUUGCAAAAAAUAAAGUAUCAAGGAACCAAUUUGAGGAAUAUGUUUGAAAGUAUAAUACAUAAUGAAAAUUUGGUAUAUCACUACAUUUAUCCUUAUUGCUCAAUUAAAAAAGAAGUGCGAUUUGAGAAUAAUAUCAUAGAGGUCCCUACAUUAACAUAUCCAUUCAAAGAAACAAAAAAUGAAAUCAUAAUUGAAAACACAUCUUGGAGCCUUCUAAAACGUUCUGAAUUAAUAAAAUAUUACCAGAUUUAUUAUAUUGAUGGAUUAAUCAAGGACAAAACAUCAAAUGAUGGGUCGAGUAUUGACGUCCAUAAACUGAUUAAUCUGAACCUGAAAGAUCAUGAAGAUACAUUUGUACCACCUCCACCAUUAGCAAGUGGUGAGGGUGAGAGUAGUAGCGCACAAGAGAUAAUCAACUUGGACGAGUCAAACUUUGAAAGUGAACUGAAAAAGUAUAAAUUUACUUUAGUGAUGUUCCAUGCUCCAUUUUUUCCACAGGGUGUAAAUUUUGCAAAGUCAUGAAAACAAUUUUUUAUCAACUAUCUCAGGAAAUUCCAAGUGAUGUAGCCAGGCUGGCUAUGCUCGAUGGAGAUGAAUUUCCUGAUAUUGUUUUAGACCAUGACGUUCAGGUUUUUCCUACUCUCAAACUAUACCGUCGAGGUGUAUUCGUGGAAACCUAUGAUGGUUCAGGUGAAUACUCCAGUCUACUAGAAUUCAUCCGAUUAAACACCGCGAAUAAAGUUAAAUGAUCGAAAAGACCUACCGUAGUAGGUAGAGUAAAAAUAUUAGACCCAAUUCAGCACUUUCAAAAUUUAAUUGUAAACUUCAUAGGACUUUGAACCUUUUCUCUGUUGUAACUGUUAGUGAUAAUCCAUUUCAUGUAGUCAAAUAUAUAAAAGCAAUGUACGGCCUAAGAAGAAUGGCCAAAUAAUAAUAAUAUCAAGGCUUGAAAUUAAAA